AUGGAAAUGCCUAUCACUCUAUCUCUGCCAUCUGGAAGCGUUUUGAUUUCAGGAAGCUUAUCACAUAUCCCUGACUACUCUUUUCGAUUAAUUUCUAGAUCUCAAGAGCUUUUAGCCUAUGAACGAGGGUAUAAAUUAUCCAAUUUUUCAAUACCCUCCCAGAGAGAUUUGAAACAGCAAUUCAGGGUGAGCUCUAUUGCAGAUCCUCGAUGAAUUUAUGAAUCAUCCAUUUUACGCAGAGUCGUUUGUUAAUGAAAAUUCACAGCUAAAUAGAUAUUCAGACGUCCCCACAUGUAAUUUUUACAUAGACAGACAAACUCAAGUUCCAUUGCUCUCAGGCAGCGGAUUUAUAAACGCAAAUUAUAUCAAUGUAAUUAAUAUUAAGGGUGCUGAAACACCAGCCGAUGAUAAAUUAUUCAUCGCCACCCAAGGCCCAUUACCAAACACAAUUAAUGAUUUUUGAAAAAUGGUUUGGCAAGAAAAUUCUUCGAGCAUUUUUAUGCUAGUUAAUGAGAAUGAAUGCGAAUGUGUAAUUUUAAUACAGGGAAGAUGCGAAAUAUACUGGCCUAAGCAAUGAGAAACGCUACAAGCUGAUAAUAUUACUAUAAAUUGUAUUGCAAGAACCAAAUAUCCAGGAUAUAUUGUUUCUGAUUUAAGGAUUCAAAUGAACGAAAGUGAAAUAAGACCAGUCAGGCAUUAUUUGUUUACUGAUUGACCUGACAGAGGAAUUCCAGGUGAUACAAAUUCGUUCAAUGAGCUAUUAAAACAAUUAGAUAUCGAAAAACCUGUGAGGACUGGGCCAAUUGUUGUCCACUGUAGCGCUGGAGUAGGAAGAACAGGAACUUUCAUUGCUUUGGAUUGUUUGAAGAAAAUUAUAGACAGCCAGAAAACGCAAAAUGUUGACCUUGGGGUGUCUGUUUUUUCAGUAGUUCGACGACUAAGAGAGCAGCGAAUAUUGAUGGUGCAAACUGAUCUCCAAUACGGUUGGCUCUAUAGAUUUGUCCAGAGAUGGCUAUCAUAA